AUGGACGACAAAAUUCGAGGAGAGAAGUGGAUCAUGCGCCAGCUGUCAGGUAUACUUUCAACAAUUUCAAAUCUCCCUGCCAACCGUGUUAUUCUCGUGGAUAGUUCCAAAAACAAACACUUUUCUCUUAGAGAACGUGUGUUAAAUGACCUCUUGUGAAGCCUUCAUUCGAUAAUUUCAAGAAAUAUUUCUUUUGGUCGUAAUUUUUUUCUCCUUAAUGAGGCCUUCGAAAGCGCACGAACUAUGUAAGAAGUCGUUUUCCAGCGUAUUUCGAAUCAUGCAAGACUAGAGAGCAAGAUUUUGGAAAAGCAACUAAAAGAUAGGAAAGUUAAAGAAUAUACUUUCAAAGAACCUACCGAACGAUGUCCUCGUAAAAAAAAACCCAGUAUUAGAAAACUCAAGAUUUGAGUGUACAAAAAUGCUCUAUAGUCUGUUCAGAUUUUUAAUGUCAAGUGCAAUGACGUCAUUCAAAAAAACUCUGUGGAUGGCUCGCUCUCUGAUUGGGUUUAUCGCACCGUUAUGGGCGGAGCUUGAGCGACGACUUGACAUUCAAAAUCUGAACAGACUAUGGUUGAUUCACAGCUAGCUUGGGGCGCAAAGGGGUACAGGCGCUGUCUCUUUUCUUAUCGUGUCAGGACCCUUUUUCAAUGGCUCCAGUCAGCCGUGUAUCAACUAUUUACUUGUCACACCUUGUGGAUGAGUAAAUAUUUUAUCAACAAUUUUUUUUUUCUCAAGUGAUCACUCUACUCUUAUGAUAUAACUAAAUAAGAAAAAUGCAAAAACACCGCUGAUAAAAAAAUUGAUUGAUCGAGUUAUAGAAUCCGAACAAAGAGACGGACGCGACUCGCCUCGCUGGAACUCCUUUGGCUGGGGUAUCCAAAAAACCAGUGCGUUUCAAAUCUCUUUCAAUAAGCCAACCGUGUUAUCCUCGUGGAUAGUUUCAAAAACAAACACUUUUCUCUUAGAGAACUUUUGUUUUCUCUCAAUGAAAUUUUUAAGAGAACGCAAUGUUCUGGAUUUUCGGCGGAGCGUUUCGUCAGAAAAGCGGGGCGGAAAGUACCACGAAUACAAUGCAAGAGCAGACGGGCUCCGACCAACCCAAUGGCAACAACGAAGUCCAGAAGCCUGGUAGAUUAUUUUGAUUCAAUUGAGAAAAGUCUUUUCAAACUAUAGUCAAUGUUUCCCGACUUGAAAGGCGAAGGAGGCGGGGCAAGGGUUCAAUUCAAUUCUCGCCGACUAUCUAAAAAGCUCGGCAACCGCUCUUUUUCAAUUUUUUCUACUAUUUUUUGAUGCACACAUGAACAUAAUCAAUAUAUAAUUGAAAAAGGAAUGAAAAAAGCGAAAAACGGGCUUUUUAAAGAGUAGAUGGCGGUUGAAUUGAACACGUGGCAAGAACCGCGAACGCACACGCUACGCGUCCCGCCCCCUGCCCCGCCUCCCUCGCCUUUCAAGUCGGGAAACAUUGACUAUACCAUUGGUGAAUCAAGUGGUCGGGAACAGGAGAAUUAAGGACAAGGAAAAUGAGAAAUAUAUAUGUAGAGCUUUGUCGUUUCAAUUGGUUAAAAAAAGCCGAGUUGAGAACGAAUAUAGAAUGAACCAAACAGACAGUACAAAAAAAGUCUUUAUGAGUUUUUUUAAUAUGCUUUUUAUUAAAUUUUACAGAAAUCCCAGGAUAUGAGGGCGUCGGUUUUGAGGCGGGCCAAAUUGAGAAUAACGGGGAAGUGCACAAGGAGAGUAUGAUGGACAAACUGAUGUCGGAUGCCGGAGGUACGAAGAAAUCCAUGACGAUGGACCAAGAAACAAAAUUGUCUCGGAUGGCCCAAGAAUUCGGUGGGAGACUUGAAAGCCGAGCUCGUGAGUUUUCUCCUUUUCUCUUGUACUUCAAUGUAAAAUAGAACGUUUGAUUUCGUUGAGUUUUUUUUUCCUCUAAAAGAAACUUUCGUCAAAAAGUCCAUAUAAAAAUCUGCUCCGACAGAACUCAAUCCAUUUCAAUCAAAAAUCAUUAUUAACUGUUCUUUUUUGUAAAUAUAAAUUUUUUUCGUUUUUGAAAGAAAAAGCUAUAGAAAAAAGAUUUUUGUCUCAAAGGCUUGAAGGUAGUAAAAAACAGGGUUCGAGAUGAGAGAAGUACCUUUUAGAGCUUUUAAUCCCGAAGAGAACAUUGUAAUUGUAAAAUCCCAGAUAUAAGUUCUGAUGUAGGCCCUCCUCCUUAAGGAGGACACACUUUCAUUUUUCCGCUUUUCAAAUUUAAAAAAAAAACUUGGGAUGGGUGUACAGAAAAUUUUUUGAAGUAGCCUCAAUAGUACGUGAAGUUACGGACGCUUCAUCAGACUGUAUUUUGUGUGAAAUAUAGUCCGUUCAGACUUUGAAUGCCGAGUUUUUACGCAUUCGAAAACGCUAUGUGGAUGGCUCGCUCUCUGAUUGGUUUAUCGCGCCAUUAGGGGCGGAGCUUGAGCGACGACUUGAAAAUCUGAGCAGACUCUAGCCGGAUAUAUGCUUAUAGGCAGAGUUCUUUGCCUGGAGAGAAAUUUAGCCGAACAAAAAAACACCGGUGGUACAGAAAACGCGAAAUAUCUUUCCAAUUGAAAUAUGUAUAAAAUAAUCGUUUUUAAUUCGAAAAGCAUUUUGCGAUCAAAAUUUGCAAAUUUGAAGUUUUCAAGACGGAGCAAACUUUCGUGACAGCGCCGAAGAGAGGUUGCACUUUUUAUAUAUAAAAGUGAUAUCAAUCCCCAACUUUUCAUCUCGAAUACCAUAUACUUUUAAAAUAGCAGUUCAGACUGAAAAGCCAUGAAAUUAAUGAAAAUCACACACAAAAAAUUCGAAACAUUCUUCUUUUUUAUUAUGAUCAUUUUCAAUUGCAGGAGCGGACAUCCACCAGUUUAUCGUGCCUCAACGGUUGGAAAUGGUGCAGAAUGCUCCGAAAAACCCUGACGAAUUUUUGAAUAGCUUCUGCUAUUACCAUGGGUAAGAAGUUUUCGAUCGAAUGUCUCAUUGAAAUCGAUUCUUUCCAUAUACUUGCCGCAACUCGAAACUAGAAGAUUUAUACGGAGAGCCGGCGAUUUCCUCGUGCGGAGAGUGGAGGGUUUGAGAGAAAAGACGUGUCAACCAUCUAAUAUAAAGUUUUAGAAGAAGGGGAACACUACAUAUUGGUUUCCGUCGGCGUACUCCUGGAACAUCAACGUGUCGGAACCGAAGGUGACUUUUUUUUCCAAUUUUCCAAUCAUUAUGAAUCUCAAUUUCAUCCGAUUCAACUGAGUAGAGUUAUAUGAGAGGAUUUUUCAAUUUUUUAAUAGAAAAGAGCAGAAUAGUUUCAAGCUCGAACAUGUUCGACCGAAUUUCUGUCACAACGCACCUUGAAACAUUUGAAUGUCAUAUAAAUUUUCAUCUCAUCCAGACCUCGACAAAAAAUACGGCAGGGAUGAACCGAUAAGAGUAUUCGACUAUGCUGUCCGUCGUGUUCAAAAAGGAAUAUCAAUCGAGCACGAGCACGUCUUUGACUGCCUGAAAGACCUGCUGAUAUAUUAUAUGUUCAACCCCCAAAAGGUAAUGCAGAAGAUAGAUGAGUGGGAAAGUGAUUUAAAGGGAAACUGAAUUAGGGGGAAAAUUGUUUUCUGAUAACGUCUACAUAUGAAAUCUGAAAAUGAAGAAAACGGUUUCGAAAUCAAUAACUUAAUUCGAAACCAAGAACCAAAAAUGUUUAUAUCUCUCAAACUUUGUCGAGUAAUGAGAUGACUGUUCAUAGUAGAAUGAAAUGAUCUAUAAGAAUGCCGGAAUGAGAAAAAUUUUAUUUCUCGGGCUGCUACAAAUUACAAAAGGAAGUAAUGCUGGAAUUAGAAUCGCAGAAGACAAAGUUGGACUCGAAAAUCAUCUUACUUCAGAAAUCGCUCAACAUCCAACUAAAGCGAGGUUGCCCGACUCGAAUGUUCCAAUUCAGAGAACGUCAGAUCUCUCGCCUCAAGACGGUCAAUAAUGAGAAGUCUAAAAUGAAUCCUUAGUCAGAAGUAUAAAGAAAACAAACGAAAAUCAACUAUGAAAAAGGAGUGGAUUUUUUUCCCAGACCGAUAGAAUUGAUUUUUAUCGUUAUUUUUAAAAAAAUAAAGGAAAAAGUUUUUUUACCUUCAUUUUUUUCUAAAAAAAGACUUCCUAACAAACUUACCAAAGUCGCUAACAAAGUAAGUCAUUUUACAGAAUUUCAAAAAAAUUCGCUCAAACACUCAUGUAAUUUUUUUCAAAGUUGCAAAAUAAAAAUUUCAAACAGAAAAAAAUCGAAAAAGUAAAUUGACUUUCCGUGUGAGAUUACAGAAAAACCACGAAAACGCGGCUUGGAGUAGGCAAAAAAGAGCGUUUCGAACGAUAUUCCGCUGCUAAAAACUUUAUCUAAAAUAAAAAUGAAUGUUUGUGUUGAAAUAUCUAGAACAGUCUAUUCAGCUAGGCAGCGGAAACUUCGGAGAAGUAUUUCUAGCCAAUGUGAAGUCGUUUGGGAUAAUUGACAAAAGGGUCGCGGUGAAAACUGUGAGUUCAAUUGAAAAAGUGUCUUCCAAGAAACAACUUUCUUCUUGCAGCUAAAGAAAGGAGCCCCCAACUUGAGCGAACGGAGCACGAGCUUCGUGGAGGAAGCGCGUCUAAUGUUGACGUUCAAUCACAAACACGUCAUAGAAACCUACGGCUGGAUGUUCGAUGUACAACCCUACAUGAUAAUCAUGGAGUACAUGGAAGGUGAGAAAUUCCAGUACAAGUGCCUUGAAUGAUCCGGAUAUCAUAGAACAGAAAUCAGAACACAAGCAGCUAGCUUUCAAUCUUCAACUGUUCAUUUUCCACAAGCUUUUUCUCGGUACCUCAUCAAUUUUAGCAGAUAAUCUUCCUUGUUUGCAACCUGAACUAGGUCAAUAAAACACCCAAGUUUGAACUAGAUCCGGAAUACGAGUUCGCGUAGUUCCCUAGUAAGGAAACUAGGAAUUUUUUUCAAGUUCUUUUAUUUACCUUACUGCUUUGAAUGUUAUUCGCGAGAUGAAUUCACUUCGUAAUUUAGAAUUUUUUGAAGAUUAACCAGAAAACUUUUCGAUUACUGAUUUUUUGGAGGAAAUAUAUGAUAACCUGAUAAAAUUAAAUUAGCUUUUUUUACAUCCAAGUUAUUACUGGGCAUUUUGCAGGGGGAUCGCUGGAGACGUAUCUCUUGAAAAGUUCUGAGGAACCAAACAUCCAACGACUGUUGAGAUUUGGCUUUGAGGCAGCCGAUGGAUUAGCCUACCUUCAUGAAAUGGAGAUCAUCCACAGGGAUGUGGCAGCGCGAAACUGCCUGCUCACCGCCGACCAGAAGGUAUGAGCUGUAUAUAUCAUGAAAAAUCUUUUCAUAACAAUGUCUUUUUCUUAUUUACUUUUCACAUUUUCAUUCUUCAUAAAGAUAAAACACACUGAAUCUAUAAUAUAGUCAUUCCUUCCUUACUUGAAAGGCAGAGAUGUGAGCGGUAGCGUGCGCGUACGUGGCUCUUGGCACAAGUUCAAUCCAAGCGCCACCGACUAUUUAAAAAGCUCGGUCCACGCUCUUUUCGUAUCUAUUCCACUGUUUUUCAAUGCACAAUGAAAAAAAAACGAAGAAUUAAACGAGAAAUGAAAGUGACAAACGAGCUCUCCAAAUAGUCGCUGGCGCUUGAAUUGAACUCGUGCCAAGAGCCGCGUACGCACACGCUACGGGUCCCGCCACCUUCUCCGCAUCCCUCUCCUUUCAAGUCCGUAAAAAUUGAAUAAACAAGAUUUUUAAAGCUCAAGUUAGCCGAUUUCGGCCUCGCAGUUCCCGGACCUUUCUACUACAUGUCGAAAGGAGAAACCUUGCCGACGAGGUAUCUUAGCCCGGAGACGCUAGCCAUUUUCCUCUUCGUUUACGUAUCAGACACCUUCGCAUUCGGGGUGAGUUUAUUGAUUUCUCAAGGGGAAAACAAUUAGUAUUUCAGAACCUGCUCUAUGAACUUUUCUCCAAUGGCAUUAUGCCAUUUGAAAACCUAACUUCGGCUGAAGCAAGGCAGAAAGUUUGUUUAAUUUUGUGAAAGGAUACGAUUCCACUUCUCUUGAGUGGCAACAUCCGAAUAAGCCGUGAGGAAGUAUGAUCAUUGUCUUGACACCUAGUCUUUAUAAAGUACAAAAAAAAAUAGAAACAUACUUACGGAAGCCCGAAAAACAAAUUUUUUGGAGUUUUUUAAUUCACAGGUUUCUUUUCAAAAAAUAAUGCUGAGAAUCUGGUGCAACUUCACUGAGCCGAAAAAAACCCAAAAUCCAACGCAAAGCUCUUCUAAUCUUAUUCGGAUACAACCUCGCUGUUUGGCAUUUCCUACUUCAAAAAGAUGAAAAUGAAAAAAAUAGAUAAAUUUGAAUUUUUGAUUGCUUUGUAGUCGGAGGCCCUGGAAUACUUCUUAGAAAAUUUCAAAAUUUUUAAAAUUUGGUCUUUUUUUAUCGGAAAAAAAUCUUUGAAUUGAGAUUAUGGAGGGAGAACAGAACGAUCUGGAGGAGACAUGUGCUCCUCCAGCUCUUCGUCAGUAUAUCCAAGAGAACAUGUGGACCUACGAAAUGAAAGCAAGGUCUGGAAUGAACGAGGUUUCUCUUAUUCACUUUUUUCAAUAUGAAAAAAAAAAUUUUAAGGUAGCUGCGUUCCUGAAGAAAACCUACCGUGCCUACAGAAAAGUCAGUUUAUAUAAAAAAUUUUAACUAAAAAUUAUUUUUUGAUCGGGAAACUUUGCAGGAGCAAGGAGGCCCAAAGACUGGAACAAUCGAGACGGAAGAAAUUACGGUGAGAUUACAAAACCGAAAUUUUUUCAGCUUGGUAAUAAAUUUGAUGGUAAAAUUUCCAAAAAACCCAUUUCACAAGUUCAAAUUUGAACAGUAAAAAAAUUAACCUGUGCCGGCGUUGAAAGAAAGUGUUAUAUAGCCGGAGAAUUGAUGCGUUUUGUAGCAGCAUGACAGAGUUUCUCUAAUAUUCGCAUUUUCUCAAGAAAUUUAGGGCAAUGUUGAGACAGGACUUCCGAAAAAGAGAAAACCACGUCGACGCGUACCGGCUAACCGUCAGGUCACUUUCUCUUUUUCUGACUUGAUAUUCGAUCUUUUUUCAGGAUAUUAUGGAAGAGCUCUGUCCGACACAGGAAGAAUCCGCAAACAAUGAAUAG